AUGAACCUCUCGGAGACGCGCAAGGUGCAGCUGACGUGCGGGCUGGCAGGGGUGACUGCUCUGGGCUGGGCCACAUCCCCACACAUCCGCUGCGCCAGCCUGCUGGUGGUCCCCAAGUUCCUGGGCAAGGAGGGUCGGGUCUUCGUCCUCUCCUUCGUCCUUGCUGCUAUCUACAACGGGCCCGUGGCCAACGUGUGGCACAACCUGGACGAGGUGAUCCGCGCAGUGGGCUGCGUGACGGAGCUGCAGGUCAACCACAGCCGCCACCUCUGGAGGGUGUCCACGGUGCCGCUGCGCAUGGUGAUGGAGGACAUGGUGCGUGGUGGGCAGAAGCUGGACGCCGAGACGCAGAACAUCUCGCGCGCCUUCGUGGAGCUCAACGAGGAGGUGGCCAGCGAGGAGGGGUACGACCUGAAGCAGGGCGAGCGCACGGACUCGCAGGCCGGGCUCAGCACCCAGAAGCUGUACGAAAUGAAAACCAAACUGCGCUGCACGUAUGUGGUGGACCAGGCCAUGCAGCGGUGCCGGGACUGGUUCGACAAGAAGCACAAGGCUUGCAUGGCGCGUAUCGUCGUGCCCCUCAUCAGCCACCUCCUCUGCUUGCCCAUGAAGUUCAAGUUCCUCUGCCACAUCGUCAAGGUCAUGCACAGCUGGUGCUGGGACAGGAUCCCUGUCGAGGGCAACUUUGGGCAGAUGUACGACAUGCUGAACAACUCCGUCAACAACCUCAGCCAGCACUUCAGCGCCAAAGUGGUCAUAGAGGUGGGUGCCCACCCCAUCCACCCGGUGCUGGGGCCGGGGCAGGAUGGUGCCUGGCCCCACGGCCCCCCCCCUGCUAUCGUGGAGGAGGUGACCUCGCAGAUCCGGCAGCACAGCGCCCGCCUGGGCCAGGCCUUCUCCUUCUUCCGCCUGCUGCUCUCCUUCACCUUCCUCCUCGUCUUCAUCUCGGACAGGAAUGGUGGGCUUGUGAACACAAGGGGGUGCUGGGGAGCGGGGGGGGUUCAGCUGCCCCCUGCCUCCCUCGGGACCCCCUCUCUUCCCAGGGCGUUCUCCUACACCAAGAAGUACUGCCAGGACAUCUGCUUUGACAACCUCUACAUCACCACCUAUUUCCGCCAGAUCGACGCCCGGCGCAAAAAGCAGAACAAGCGGACGCUGCUGCCGCUGCGCCGGGCAGAGAUCCCCACCGUGAUCUUUCCGUGCCGCCUGGCCAUGCAGCCCCGCGAGCUGCAGAGCGUGGUGCUGGAGCUGCUGGAGUGCAUCCCGCCCCUGCUCCUGCUGCUGCUCGCCUGGGGCCUGGACCACACGCUCUACACCAUGCUGAGCAUCAUUCACCAGCACUCCUUCGUGCAGUACUCCUUCCGCAGCAGCCACCACUUGUCCGUGCACGUGACGGGCACAUCCCUGAUGGCUCGGCUCCUGCGGAGCACCAUCGGGUCCCUGAACACCUCCUCCGACACGGAGCUGGAGACGUCCAACUUCGUCUGCCUGCCGCAGCCCCGGGGCAUGACGCAGCAGCAGUACAUAGCCAGCUGCCUGCCCCUGGCCGUGCUGGUGCUGCUGUGCCUGCUCCAGGUCUACAUGUACCGCCUGCGCCGCGCCAUCGCCGCCUUCUACUUCCCCAAGCGGGAGAAGAGCCGCGUGCUCUACCUCUACAACAAGCUGCUGCGGCAGCGGCACUGCUUCGUCCGCCUGCAGAGGAAGCGCAUCGCCCGGCGGGCACGCCGCUACCCAGCCCUGGUGAGCGGGGACGGGGACACAGGGUUGGCACCACACCAGGGAGCUGGGCCCCCCCCUGCCAACGCCAGGAUGGGCAGCGCAGGGUGUCCCCCGCUCCCUGGGUCCAUCCUAUUUGCCCCAUUGGGGUGGCCGGUCCUCCCCAUGGAGGGAGAGCCCCACAUGUCCUCGUCCCUGCUGCAGGGGACGUCCCUGCUGGAGUGGUGCUGCCGGCGCUGGCCACGACUGCGCCGCUGGGUGCGCCGGCCGUGCACGGUGUGUGGGGAGCCCGAGUCCCCCCAGAACCACCAUGCCUGCCCCUCGCCUGCCUGUGGAGCCACGUACUGCGGGCCCUGCUGGAGGGACGUGGGCCGUGUGUGCCCUGCCUGCACCCCCGGGGAUCGCGGCCUCUCCGAGGACAGCAGCGAGGAGCAGGAGGGGUACGCGGCCUGAGGGCGCCUGGCACCCUGCAAUAAACACUGAGUGUCCCCCCCCCAAA